CCAAAGCGAAGCAUUACAGGAAUAAAGGCAGGCAUUCCAUAACGAGAGGAACCCACUCUCCGCCUCUCGCAGAUUCUCUACAUGGUUCAUAGAAGCAGCAUUUGAGACCAUAAGAUAAAGCUUGAAAAGCAUAGGUCUCUCUCUCCCUCUCUCUUCGCGGUGAGCUGCAAGUUAUAGCUAGUUGAAGUAUGGGGCAAGCACUGGGUUGCCUUCAAGUGGACCAGUCAAAUGUAGUUAUCAGGGAACACUUCGGAAAGUUUGAUGAUGUGCUUGAGCCAGGGUGUCAUUGCUUACCUUGGUGUCUAGGAUACCGGGUAGCAGGUGGGCUCUCACUGCGUGUGCAACAACUUGAUGUGCGAUGUGAGACGAAAACUAAGGAUAAUGUCUUUGUCAAUGUGGUUGCAUCUGUCCAAUACCAUGCCAUUGCUGAAAAAGCAGCUGAUGCUUUCUAUAGGCUUUCCAAUACCAGAGCGCAGAUCCAAUCCUAUGUUUUUGAUGUUAUAAGGGCAAGUGUCCCAAAAUUAAACUUGGAUGCUGUCUUUGAGCAGAAGAAUGACAUAGCAAAAGCUGUGGAAGAGGAGCUGGAAAAGGCUAUGUCUACCUAUGGGUUUGAAAUUGUCCAGACCCUUAUUGUGGAUAUUGAGCCAGAUGUUCAAGUGAAGAGAGCAAUGAACGAAAUAAAUGCAGCCGCUAGACUGAGGUUGGCAGCAAAUGAGAAGGCGGAAGCCGAGAAAAUAUUACAGAUAAAGAAAGCUGAAGGAGAAGCAGAGUCCAAAUACUUGUCAGGACUGGGCAUAGCUCGCCAGCGGCAGGCAAUUGUUGAUGGGCUGAGGGACAGCGUACUUGCCUUCUCUGAGAAUGUGCCUGGAACAACUCCAAAGGAUGUCAUGGACAUGGUGCUAGUGACUCAAUACUUUGACACUAUGAAGGAGAUUGGGGCAUCCUCCAAGUCCUCCUCUAUUUUCAUCCCGCAUGGACCUGGUGCGGUGAGAGACGUUGCUGCACAAAUUCGAGAGGGUCUUCUUCAGGCCCGUCCUGUCCAAGACUCUUAAAAUUAAUAUACUACGCUUUGGUUUAGACUUGAUCACGUAUUAGUGACUGGAGGAUAUUGUACGAGUACGAAAGUGCAGAAUGAUAUUGUAGAACUGCGUGUAAUUAGUCACGAUGCAAGUUGGAUAGGUAGUGUAUUCUCUCA